CUUUUUUUCUCAGCAGCAGAAGCCAUCUAACAGAAGUCAAAAUAAAUAAAUACUAUCUUGGGAUUCACAGUUUGCAAUAAAGGGCAGGGAAUGCUGGGCUGCAGGUGGGAUGUCAGCACACUCAGACAGAUCUGCUGGUGCUUCAGGGAUGUUUCUAGAACGUCACCAUGGGGAGCUGAGCCACAGGAGGGGCUGGCAGGGACAUCAGACACAGCAGAUGCUUUAGCAGGAGAGGUUUAAAAUGUGAAUUAUGUACAAACUGGUGCUCUGUGGUGAGAGGAUCUCACUGCUUCCAGGAGCUAUCCAACACCUGUUGUGCCAAAGCAUAAUGAGAAUUUCCCUCACUGGCAAAAGUAAUCAGAUGGCAGAAAUGUCUUUAAUUUGCCAUAAAAUCUUGUCAGAGGUGAAAAUUACUUUUAUGUGCUCUUAUAAAAAUCUGGGGGAGGAUAUGAGAACAAAACCUUUUAUUUAAUGCCUCCCUGGCCCCUCUAUUCAACUCAGUUUUAAAAAUAUUUUCACUGUUUUUUCUUUAAUUUAGAGCUUUUAGUUUAAUACUGGCUGGCAUUUUUAAUUUUCCUUCUCCCAGGCUGGGACACUAUAUUGCAUUUUAGUUUGUUUGGGGUUUUUCUCCCUCUCCAGAAAGACUGUUGGGUUUUUUGUGUUAAAACUAAGGCUUUUGUGUCUCUUUUUUUAUGUUCUGUUUCCUUUUCCCCCUGUCCUUGCUGCUUCCCAAGGAAUCUCUGUGCCCAGCAGGCACCAGAGGGCACCUUGGCCCUGCUUAAGCCAGGGCCACUCUGGUCCUGCUGCUCAGGGAGAGGUGCUGGGUUGGGCACAGAGCCCUCCCUGUGGGACCAGGAGGUUUGGGUUCUUUCAGAAAUCCUCCACAAAUCCAUUUUUGGAGCUGUUUUUCACCCUGCUGUGAGUUAGCAGCCACUGGCUCUGGUUGCUGCUCUGUGUGUUGGAGUUAAAGAGCACAGAGGUUCUGUUGGAACCCUAAAUCCUGUAACCAAUAAAUAAUGCUGGUGAUGUACUCAGUGAAUUUUAUAUAAAAAACAUUUACUUCUAUUAAGAAUAAACUCUACCAUCCUGUCAGUAAGAGGAGGCAUUAGGGAGGGAUUUUGGAGAGCAGAAUUGUUUGCUGCCCUGACUCUAAAGUGCAGUAGGUGCUCUUGGGCUGUGUGGAGCAGUGGGAAUGCUGCUCCCAGACCUUCUGGGGGCUCUGGAAUGUGGGAGCUCAGCCUCUGCAGCGAGCCAGGCUGGCAGCUGAGGGCUUUUCACAGGGGUGAAGGGCAAAACAAACAACAAAUUGAUAUCAGGGACCAAAAUCUCUCACAGUGAGGGUGGUCAGGCGCUGGGACAGGGCCCAGAGGGACUGUGGGCUCCCCGUCCCUGGGGAUGCUCAGCCCCAGCCUGGAGCAGCAGCCCUGCUCCCAGCACAGGUGUCUGCCCCAGGUCACUCCCAGCUGAGAGGUUCUCUGUGGGUAUUUGUGUAAUUUGUGCAUUUACAGCCAGAAGUGCUGAGCAGUUUACUCCAGCUGCAGUGCUUUAACACCCAGCAAAGCUGUGAGAAUAAACUGUUCAGAAAACUGCAGUUAAAAAUAACCAGUGUCUCCCUAGGAAUGCCAGAGCCAGUCAUGGGAUUCCUGGGGGGUGUGAUGAGGAUAACCUGCAAUUUUGCUGUCAGCCCUUGAACGAGCAGUAGGACUGUGUGUCUUUUGGUCUCUCUCCAGACUCGGGGUGCUUUGGUGGGAGCUUUGUGAGGUGCUGGAAGCAUUUGCUGGGCGCCUGAUUAAGGUGGGAGUUUUGUCCAGGAGGGAUAUUCCCAGCCUGACCAAAUACCAGAUCAUCCUGGCAAGGGAUCAGUACAGGAAGAACCCCUCUGCACAAAAUGCAGGAAUCCAUCAGGGCGUCAUUGAAGGAGACUUUGCCCUUUGCAUCAGUCUGUACCACGGGUACGAGCUGCUGCUGCAGAUGGGAAUCCGCUCCUUAUUCAUCUACCUGUGGGGAAUCAUGGAUGGAUCCAAAGGGCUCUCCCGCACCAAGAGCGAGCUGGGGCGCAACGGGGACUUCAUGGAGCUCUACCAGCAGCUCCAGGACAUGUUCUCAGACUCUGCUGUGGCUCCUGAGGGUGGAAGUGCUGGCAAGAGCACAACAGCAUUGGGAAAGAAAAAGGAAUUCAUCUACAGCCAUCCAAAAUUAAAGAAAUUGGAGGAGAUUGUAAUAGAACACUUCAGAUCCUGGAAACAGGGAGGUUCUGCAGGUGAGGAGAAGAGCGAGGGCUCCCCUGGGGACACGAGGGUGAUGAUCUUCUCCUCGUUCCGGGACAGCGUGCAGGAGAUUGCCGAGAUGCUGGCGCGCCUCAGCCCGGCCGUGCGGGCCAUGACCUUCGUGGGGCACUCCUCGGGCAAGAGCACCAAGGGCUUCACCCAGAAGGAGCAGCUGGAGGUGGUGCGGCGUUUCCGCGAGGGCGGCUACAACACGCUGGUGUCCACGUGCGUGGGCGAGGAGGGGCUGGACAUCGGCGAGGUGGAUCUGAUCGUGUGCUUCGACGCGCAGCGCAGCCCCGUGCGCCUGGUGCAGCGCAUGGGCCGCGCCGGCCGCCGGCGCCGCGGCCGCAUCGUCGUCAUCCUGGCGCAGGGCCGCGAGGAGAGGACCUACAACCAAAGCCAGUGUAACAAAAGGAGCAUCCACAAAGCCAUUUCAGGGAACAAAACCCUUCAUUUCUACCAGCACAGCCCACGGAUGGUUCCGGAAGGCAUCAAUCCCAAAGUGCACAAAAUGUUCAUCACUGCUGAAAAGCAGGAGCAGAGCACCUCGGGGCUGCUCUCCAAAAAGAGGAGAUGCAGUUCCCUGCAGCACAAAUCUGCUCUCUCUGCCUGUGUCACUGGCCAAAAGCAAAUGAACUCCCAUGGGAGCUGGUGCUUGUCACCUGAGGAGUUUGAAAUAUGGGACAGGCUCUACAGGAUUAAGGAAAGUGAUGGGAUAAAAGAACCAGUAUUGCCUCGAGUUCAGUUUGAAACCUUGGAAAACCUGGAGGAAACACCAAAGCCCGAGGAGGGGGCAGCUCGGGAGCUCUCCCUGUCUGAGUGGAGCAUUUGGCAGAAUCAGCCUCUGCCCACAGUCCUGGUGGAUCACUCGGAUCCAUGCCACCUCUUCAUCGGGGCCAUGGAAAUGAUGGAGCUGAUGAGGCACCAGCAGGGAGACUGCAGCUAUGAACUGGAGCUCCAGCCUCACCUGCGCCUGGAAGAUGUGAACAUUCCAGGGAACAAAAGGAAUCCCUCCAUGGCCAAACCUCCCCGGGAUCAGAGAGGUCGCUGCUCCAGGAGAGACCUGCCAAAACCCAAACCAAAACCCUUCCCACCUGAUGCAGGUGAUAGCGAGAGUGAGUUCUUCACCACGUUUAAAAUCACCAAAGCCAAGGCUCCCAGAGGAGCUCCUGCACUCAGGGAGGUGCCUGAGCUGCCUCGGGAGCCUCCUGCCCCUCCCUCAGGAACAAGGCUUGCUGUGCCUGGACACCCUCACCCAGGCAGUGACAAGGACGAGGGGCUGGAGGUGACAUUUGACCUAAAUGCAUUUAUUGACCUGUGUGACAACAGUGACAGCUCUGAAGGCCCUGCCAGCCCAGCAGCACAGGAAAACAGCCCUGCAGGUGAAGCCUGUGGGGCCCUGGGGAGGAUCCACAGGGACUCAGGGUACGAGACCUCCCCCAUGGCCUCGGACCUGUUUUAUCUCCCCGAAUCCUGCAGGGAGUCCUUCACACUCCAGGGGCCACCCCGGGAGCCCCCGGGGCUGGAACAAACAUUUUCCCAAGUGCAAAGGCUUUUGUCACAGUCCCCUCCCUGUGGGGAUGAACUGGAGGGUUUGGAGAGCCUGAUGAGAGAUGAAGGAACACGAUCUCCUUCCCCAGAAGUUCUCCCAAAAGGUCACUCAGAGGCACUGCAGGACAGCGUCUCCCCCACAUCCCCAAAAACUGAUCCUUCACUGCUGCUCCUGGAGAAUCUCAAAGUGGCAGCUCCCAGGGAAUUCUGUGCCUCAAGAAGUCCCCCUUUAUCCAAAACUGUGUCAUCUACCGAGGCUGCUGCUGUUGAACAGGAGCAGCUCUGGAAUGACAGCUUUGAUGGCCUGUUUGACAGUGAGGAAUUCCCUGAAAUGCCAAACAACGCUCCCAGCAGGGACCACCCCCUGACAAAGGAGCCUUUCCUUCCCAGGGACGCAGCAGAGGCUGCCCUUGAAGUUCCUGCUGAGGAGCAGAGUCUCCACUUGUUUGAGGAUGAGGCUGCUGAGGACACGGGUGAGGGCAGCCCCAUGAGCACUGAGCCUCCAGCCAGGGCAGGUCCAGCUGGGAGCAUCCCUGGGACAGAGGGAGAGCCAGGCAGGGAACUGCCCACCCAGGCCUGCAGGGAAUCCCUGGCAACAUCAGCAGUGGCCCUGGAGAAGGAUGGUCCCUACGACUGCUCCCAGGAGCUGUUCUCCGUCACCUUCGACCUGGGCUUCUCCAUGGAGGACAGCGGGGAUGAGAGCUGUGAGGAGAGCAGCAAUGCUGGGCACCCCAAAGGGAACGGGGCCCCGGGGAGCGCAGAGACAGCCCUGGGAGAUGGCUCCAGGCUGGAAACCUCGCCAGGCUGGGACUGCAGCAGGCUUCAGAGGAGGGCCGUGUCCACACCGCUGUCACGGCAGAGCUGGGGCAGGGGUGGCAGGGAGGGGGCCGGGGGGGCUCCUGCUGCACGGCCUGGCCUCGAGUCAGGAGGCAGCAGAAGGGGAAGGGAACCCCCCGAACCUUUGCCCUCAGCACUUCUGACCCCAACAAGCAGGAAGGGUGUGAAUAUCAAAGCUGCCAAAAGAAUUUCUAUGAAAGUCUUCUCGAACGCCAGGGAGCAGAUUCCAGAGGUGCCUCCUGUAGAUCAAGGCAGAGAAAGCCCAUGGAGGCAGAACGUUGGGAGAUCAGCCAUGGAUUCACCUCCAGGAAGGACAGAAAGCCUGGAAAACACCAACCUCCAUGGAUCCCAUGCUGCAGGACCCAGCAGUGACAGCGAGGAAGAGAUCGUUUUCCAGAGAAAAAACAGGAUGAAAAAGAAUGUUUUGAAGUCUCCUGAUGGGAUGGAUGAGAGCGACCUGGAGUCUCCAGCUCGGGUCACCAGGAAGCGCCGGCGCCCCCCGAACGUGUCGGACACCUCCAGUGAGGACAGUGGGGAUUUCCAGCGGGGCAGGAGCAGCUCCAGGGCCGGGCCCCGGCCGGGAGGAGCCAAACGCGCCAGGAGCUGUGUGACAGCCAAGGCUGCUGCCAGGCAGUUCCUGGACGAGGAGGCCGAGCUGUCCCUGCUGGAUGCUGAGGGGAUCUCGUCGGACGAGAGCGACGGCUCUGGGGAGGAGCUGAGCUCAUCCCUGGCCCAGUUCCUGAACGAUGAAGGGGAAACCACACAGGCCCUCAACGACAGUGAGAUGAGGGGAGUUUACCUGAGCUCCGUGCGCAGCCCCGCCCUCGGCAGCCGCUUCAAGAUGGUCCAUGGGGAAUUCAGCCCCUCGGCCGUCUUCUCCCAGAUCCCCGAGCAAGACGUGGCUUAUGCCGAGGACAGUUUCUGCGUGGGGGAUGAGGAGGAGGAGGAGGAGGCUCCCAGUGAGGAGGAGCUGUGUGUGGAUGCUGAGCUGCUCCCCACGGAGGGCUGCAGCAGCGGCAGGAGGCAGUACCUGACCCGCCGCAGGAAGAGGCUGGGCCAGGCCCGGCUGCCAGGGAACGCUCCUGCCCCGGGGCAGAAGAAAAAACCUUCCCGAAUCAUUGUCCUGAGUGACUCCAGCGAGGAGGAGGAGGCAGGAGUCCACAGGAAGAACCCCCUGGAAGCAGGGCAGGGCAAGGGGCAGCUCCCCAGGGCUCUGCCCUCAGCCCCCUCUGCACAGCACGGGAGCAGGGAGGAAGACACAGCUCCUCAGGCUGGGGGGCAGGACACGGAGAGGCUGCUGGGCCUGGAACCUUCGGUGUCUGGGAUGCUGGAUCCCCCCCCAGAGCAGGCAGGCAGGAGCUCAUCCAUCCCCCCAGCUGGCUCUGGCUGCAGGAGCACGGAUCUGCAGGCUGCUGCUGAGGUGUACAGCUCUUUGAAGAAGACCCACGGGAGCAGCUCAGGCUCGGUGUGUCCUGCUGUCCCAAACUCCUCCUCAGCCACAGCUCGGAUAUCCAGUGUUCCCGGGGAGCACGGCCCCUCCCCGGCCGGGAUCUGCCCCGUUCCCGGGGAGCACGGCCGCUCCCCGGCCGGGAUCUGCCCCGUUCCCGGGGAGCACGGCCCCUCCCCGGCCGGGAUCUGCCCCGUUCCCAUGGAGCACGGCCCCUCCCCGGCCGGGAUCUGCCCCGUUCCCAUGGAGCACGGCCGCUCCCCGGCCGGGAUCUGCCCCGUUCCCGGGGAGCACGGCCGCUCCCCGGCCGGGAUCUGCCCCGUUCCCGGGGAGCACGGCUGCUCCCUGUGCAUCCUGGCGGACAGCCGGGAGAUCUGCUCGGGGCCGGAGGUGCUCUCGUGCCUGCGGGCCGUGCACGGGCUCCGGGUGCAGGUCUGCUCCCUGGGCACCAGCGACUACAUCGUCAGCAACCGCCUGGCCGUGGACAGGCUGCUCCAGUCGGAGCUGCAGAGCCCUGGGAACAGGAAUAAACUCAGCCAGAGGCUGCAGCGCCUGCAGGGCAUCUUCGAGAGGAUCUGUGUGAUUGUGGAGACAGACAGGGUCAGGCCAGGAGAAACAUCCCGGUGUUUCCAGAGGACCCAGUACUACGAUGGAGUGCUCUCAGCCUUGGUGCAGGCUGGAAUAAGGAUCCUCUUCAGCUCCUGCCAGGAGGAAACUGCAGCUUUGCUGAAGGAGCUGGCUCUGCUGGAGCACAGGAAGGACGCUGCCAUCCAGGUGCCAACGGAGCCUGAGGGGCACCGCCGGGACAUCCUCAGCUUCUACCUGAGCAUUCCCAACCUCAGCUACGGAGCUGCCCUCAACCUCUGCCACUCCUUCGGCUCCAUCACAGCUGUGGCCAACAGCUCGGUGCCGGCGCUGGCGGCGGGGGCGCGGCUGAGCCGGCCCCAGGCCGAGGAGCUCCAUCGGUUCCUGCGCCACGACUUCGACCUGCAGCUGCUGCCUCAGCCCCCGGCCAAGGGGAAGAGCUGAGCUCGGCACUCAGGCCCUGCACUGCACUUUACCCAGCCGGGAUUGGAUGUACAUGAUGUAAUAAAUGCUUGUCAAACCUCA